AUGCUUAGUCGAAGGGUGACGACGCGAAAAGUGGUUGCCGACGUCAGACAGGUUGGUGGGACGGCAAGUCGGAAGGCCUUGUUGACCUCGUUGGUGGGAUGGCCUGCUAAAGCAGCAACACUUUCAAGACGACACUUUGUCAUGCAAACCAACUCCACUUGGUGGCUGAUGCGUAAACUCGUUUGGAUCGACCUCGCCGGAUUCCGCACGAUUUUGGACAACUCGAUUCUUCAAAUACGACUCUGCUGCCGCAGUCCUCGAGAACUUUUCUUCGCGUUCAAGUGA